ACGAAUUCAGAGACGAGAGGCGGUUAAUCCAAGUUUACUGAGAAUCAGAUCGGGCGAACUUAUUCGCAGCAGUUGGACGGCUUAUCUUUGACCGUGGGUCAAUUUUGUGGACAAUUUUUGAAACAGGAGGAAGACACCAAGGACAAGGUCGGUAGAACAGAUAACCAUCGUCGUCGUCAUGCUGCGUAGCAUCCUAAGUCGCGGAACUGGUCUCCGCCUCCCACUCUACACUGCGAGCCAUUCGCCUGUUUGCAAAGCAUCCUCCUCUUCGGAAUGGGGUGGGCAGGAGAAGGGCUACAAAUACGUAAACCCCGAUAAGGAACUGACCAUGUCGGAAAUUACGGACAACGUUGCAACCACCAUUUUCUGGACGGAGCUGUUCAGAGGCGCUGGAGUCACAAUGGCGCACAUCUUUAAGGAGCCAGCCACGAUCAAUUAUCCCUUUGAGAAGGGGCCACUCAGCCCGAGGUUCCGUGGGGAGCAUGCCCUCCGCCGCUACCCGUCCGGGGAAGAGAGGUGCAUCGCGUGCAAACUUUGUGAAGCCAUCUGUCCCGCACAGGCCAUCACGAUCGAGGCAGAAGCCAGAGCUGAUGGGAGUCGAAGAACUACCAGAUACGACAUUGACAUGACAAAGUGUAUCUACUGCGGGUUCUGUCAAGAGGCUUGUCCCGUGGAUGCAAUUGUUGAGGGUCCCAACUUCGAAUUCUCCACCGAAACGCACGAAGAGCUCCUCUACAAUAAGGAAAAACUGUUAAACAACGGUGACAAGUGGGAACCUGAGAUCGCUGCAAAUAUUCAAGCUGACCAUUUGUACCGUUAGUUAGUAAAAAAAACCCUGGUCAGCAAACAUGUAGUGUUCUGUUCGCUUAUAUAAGUAAGACAAAACUAUAAAUUGGACAUGCAAUCGUGUAGAUAAUAAGUUAUAUGAUUAUGGCGUAAUUAUUAUUGUGAAUUGUAAAGUAAUAGUCAACUCAAUUUUAUUAUAAUAAAAUUACUAAAACAACAA